UGGAUUGACAGAUUUACACAGAUAAACACAGACAGACAAGUAUGGAUCGUCAGGCUGAGACAGACACACACAGACACACAGCUCCCCCAGUUUGGAAACCCCUCCCACGCCCGCUCUCCUGCAAACGACAGACACCAAGCGGCUCCCCAGCCGGGCGAGCCCCGGAGCCGCCGAUGACGGAUUUCGAGUCAGCCCCGAUCUGGGGCCUCCCUUUCCGGGGUUGCAGAACCGGGCGGGCGCUAAGACCCGGAACAUGCUCUGCCCAUCUCUCUCUCUGUGUGUUUACUGCUUGGGGCUCCCUGUGCCUGGAGUGUCGCGGUCGACUUGCUUUUCUGGAAACACGACAGUAAUUACCAAUUAAGAAACAGCUCACAGAGAUCAGGAGCAUGAGGCAGAGGGAUCAGUAGUCCGGGUGCAGGGUGUGCUCGCCGCUCCACGCUUGCCGGGCUGCGUUGCCGUGGGCCUGCUGCUGACCGGUGACGCUCCCUGUCCAGGCUGCAGGGGCGCGGCGAUGGAGUCAGGCCGGACCCCGGGGGGCGCCGCGGGGGGGCCGUCCCGCGAGUACAAGCUGGUGAUGCUGGGAGAGGGAGGCGUGGGUAAAAGUGGUGAGUACUGGGAGUGCUUUCUCUCCGUCUCUGUCCGGAGUGCUCUCGCACUCUCCCCUCACUCCGGCGGGCAGCUCCUGGAGCUCAGGCGCUGCUGUGGGGCAGGAACCAUCACCUGCCUAUUGUGCCCUCCCGCCCUGCAGGUGUCGGUAGAGGAGGGCCGGGGGCUGGCGCGGGAGUUCCAGUGCCCGUUCUUCGAGACGUCCGCGGCGUUCCGCUACUACAUCGACGAGGUGUUCGCGGCGCUGGUGCGGCAGAUCCGGCAGAGGGAGAAGGAGGCGGUCAGCGCCGUGGAGCGGAAGAGCCGCAGGCACGGCUCGGUGUGGACGCGGAUCCGGUCCCCCUUCCGCAGGAAAAAGCACCCCCAGCACUGAGGGGGAGAGGGGGGGUGAAGACAGGAAGGGGGGAGAUCGUCGGGAGAGAGUGGAGGAGCCGUGAGGGGAUGAUCAGGAGAGAGGGGAGGUGGAAUUAGGGGAUAGUGGGAAUGAUCGGGAGAGGGAAGGCAGGUGGUAGGAGAGAGUAACGAAAGUUUUAGGUGGGCAAGGGCGGAUGACAGGGAGAGAAGCAGGAGAGAGGGAGUCGUAUGGAGCAGGAGAGGGAGUGGAGUCUGGCGACAGCAGGGCUGACCGUGCGCUGGCAGGCUGGGCUUGUUAGCCUUCUCAAAGUCGCUCGUGUUUAAAAGUCUUCACUGGACAUUUUUACUUCAGUGGUAUUUAUUUCUGACAAGUUUACACCCAC